AUGUCUCCUCCGAGGCGGCCUGAUAAUAGUGAGUCAAAUAGAUCUCAACAUUAUCGAAGUCAUUCGCGGCGCGCACAAGUUCAAGAUGAAGAAACUGUCUAUUACACCCUACCAGCAGCUUCACCUACACAUGAAAGUCGACCUUCAAAAUCUUCCUUCUCUGAUACAGCAUCGUCGCCACUCACUCCAACGAUGUCUCGUGAUCCUAUUUCGCCAACGCGAACCACAGCACCAGCGACUGGGGUGUCGAGAAAACGAAGUCUCAUCCGCCCGGAACGUAAUAGAAUUGAUGAAAACCACCCCAAUUACCAUUACCGUCAGCAUGCCGCCAACAUGGAUACUCAGCCCUCAACGACUGGCAACGAUCCAAUAAUGGAAGAUAUAGAGGCAGAUGCUGCAAAUACCGAGACAUCGGGCCUGCGAACAUCAGGAGAAGCGGAAUCCGAUAUUACACCUCCCGUAAAACGACCUAGACGCGGCCACGGAGCUGGACCAGAAGACCUUGCCUCGAACGAAAAGGCCGGGUAUGCUUCAGAGUCUCGAGGGGGAAACAAGCUGAAGAGAGAGAGGGUGCAGAAGAUGUCCAAAGAAGAGAAAGAAAGGCAGAAGGCUCUCGAUACUGUGAAACCACCUAGUCUGUGGAAUGUUUAUUGCGCCAUUGUAACUUUCUGGUGUCCAGGUUUUGUUCUGAAGUGUUUUGGUUUUCGGUCCAAGGCACAGCAAAGAGCCUGGAGAGAAAAGAUGGGUUUGAUCAGCAUAAUUCUCUCCAUCAUGGCAUUUGUGGGGUUCUUGACAUUUGGAUUUACGGCAACAGUAUGUGGUACUGGCGGAGGUCUGCGAUUACAAGUCAACCACGUCGAUUCCGGAUACAUGAUCUUCCACGGUCGCGCAUAUGAUCUCUCUAAAUCACACCAUCCUGCUGCAACAGGCAUUACAUCUGGUGCGAAUGUUUUAUAUGAUCUGCCUCAAAAAUAUGGGGGUAUGGACGGAAGCUUCUUAUUCCAGAAUGUCAAUGGCAAAUGUAAAGGCCUGAUUACUUUGGCUGAUGGAUCGGACGUUCCAACCAAUUCUGACAAGGAUCUUGCGUGGUACUUUCCUUGUCAUGCUUUCAACCAAGAUGGCUCAAGCUCCCCAAAUGAGACCGUUGGUGCUUAUUUUGGAUACGCAUGCCAUUUACAAGCAGAGGCACGCUCAUCAUUUUACAAACUCAAUAGCGCUGGAGAUGUCUAUUUUACUUGGGGCGAUAUCAAGAAUUCUUCGAGAAACCUCAUGGUAUACUCUGGCAACGUGCUUGAUCUGGACCUCCUGAAAUGGUUCAACACCACUCAAGUCACUGUUCCAUCUAGGUUUACUGCCCUCGCCGACACUACAACCGCCGCCAACGAAGCCGUACGCGGUAGGGAUGUUACACACGCAUUCCAAUCAUCAGAGGACAAGAGAAUUGCGCAAUGUUUCGAGCAGAUUAUCAAAGUUGGAAGUGUUGAUACCGAGACUGUUGGAUGUAUCGCUUCCAAAGUAGUCCUUUAUGUAUCCUUGGCAUUCAUUCUUGCCAUCGUCCUGACAAAAUUCGUGUUAGCUUUGAUAUUCCAAUGGUUCAUUGCUUCCAAAUACGCUGCUUCAAAAACUUCUCAGUCAUCCGACCCUAAGAAGCGCCAACAACAGAUUGAGGAGUGGUCCGAUGAUAUUUACCGGGCGCCUGUAAGAAUGGCCGGUGAUAUUGGUAGCUCCGCUCCCGGAUCAGGAUCUGAAAGGCCAAGCAAACGAGCCAGUGUGUUUUUGCCAACGACUUCUCGAUUCUCAAAUCCUUAUGCUGCUGCUGACCGAUCAUCUCGCGUUGGACGCCCUCAGCCUACAACCAUGGCUAGUCAAAACUCUACAGCUCAGUUAAUUCCUCCGAACCCCAUGUUCCGAAAUCAGAACAGUAGCCGAAACAGCCUUUUGCGAACAGAUGGUGCAAAUGACUACGAUGGUCCUAACCCUGCAAGCUUCGUCCACGAGCUAGUAGUUCCUCAACCACCAAAGGAGUGGGAACCAUACGGAUUCCCUUUGGCUCACGCGAUCCUUCUAGUGACCGCCUACUCGGAAGGUGAACUUGGUAUUCGUUCGACUCUCGACUCUCUCGCUACAACUGAUUAUCCAAAUAGUCAUAAAACUAUCCUAGUUAUUUGUGAUGGUAUCAUCAAGGGUGAAGGCGAACCAAGGUCAACGCCUGAUGUUGUUCUUGGUAUGAUGAAAGAAUUUGUAACUCCUGUUGAAGAAGUCCCGGCUUUCUCUUAUGUAGCAGUGGAAAGAGGAUCCAAAAGACAUAACAUGGCCAAGGUCUAUGCUGGAUUCUACGACUAUGGUGCUGAUUCUACCAUCAAUGCCAACAGACAAAUCCGAGUUCCAAUGGUGUGUAUCGUCAAGUGUGGUACUCCUGAUGAGGCUACACAUCGCAAACCUGGAAACCGAGGCAAGCGUGACAGUCAAAUUAUCUUGAUGUCUUUCUUACAGAAAGUCAUGUUCGAUGAACGUAUGACUGAACUUGAGUUUGAAAUCUUUAAUGGAUUCUAUCAAAUUACUGGUAUAUUUCCGGAUAUGUAUGAAGUUAUUCUCAUGGUUGACGCAGACACAAAGGUGUUUCCCGAUAGUUUGACACACAUGGUAUCAGCAAUGGUAAAAGAUCCUGAGAUCAUGGGACUUUGCGGCGAGACAAAGAUUGCGAACAAACGUGCCAGUUUCACAACCGCCAUUCAAGUGUUCGAAUACUUCAUUUCGCAUCACUCUGUGAAAUCCUUUGAGUCCAUCUUUGGUGGCGUUACUUGUCUUCCAGGUUGUUUCUCCAUGUACAGAAUUAAGGCUCCAAAGGGUGGCAACUAUUGGGUACCUAUCUUGGCCAAUCCUGAUGUCGUCGAACAUUACUCCGAUAACGUGGUGGAUACUUUACACAAGAAGAAUUUGUUGCUUUUGGGAGAGGAUCGAUACCUUUCAACGCUCAUGCUUCGAACUUUCCCCAAGCGUAAACAAGUAUUCGUCCCACAAGCUGUUUGCAAAACUCAAGUACCAGACUCCCUCUGGGUUCUCAUGUCACAAAGGCGUAGAUGGAUUAACAGUACUGUCCACAAUCUGAUGGAAUUGGUUUUGGUUAGAGAUCUUUGCGGUACCUUCUGCUUCAGUAUGCAAUUUGUCGUCUUUAUCGAUCUUGUCAGUACCUUGGUUCUUCCGGCCGCUAUAGCCUUCACAAUCUACGUCGUAAUUAUUUCAAUUAUUCGUCGCCCUGUCCAAGUCAUUCCGCUCGUACUUUUAGCUUUGAUUCUUGGUUUGCCGGCAGUUUUGAUUGUUAUAACUGCUCAUCGUUGGGUCUACGUUCUUUGGAUGAUGAUCUAUCUCGUCUCCUUACCCAUUUGGAAUUUCUUAUUACCAACAUACGCCUUUUGGAAAUUCGAUGAUUUCUCAUGGGGAGAUACUCGUAAGACUGCGGGUGAAAAGACUAAGAAAGCUGGAAUUGAAUACGAGGGAGAAUUCGAUAGUUCAAAGAUUACUAUGAAGCGAUGGAAAGAGUUUGAGAAGGAGAGGAUAUUAAGGAGUAAUUCAAGUUGGAUUAACUCAAAUACCUCUGUGAACAAGGAGAACCAUCGUUGGCAGCAACAUCAAUACGAUGAUUAUGCCGAUAGUUAA